AUGCCUGCUCCACCACCACCACCCCCUCCUCCUCCUCCUCCACCAUCAGGAUUAGCAAUGGCGAAUGGAGCUGAUCGAUCUGGUCUUUUGAAUGAAAUUGGAAAUUUUAGAAAAGGUGGUUUACGGAAAGCAGUAACCAAUGACCGAAGUGCACCAAUAAUUGGCGGUUCAAGUAAUAAUAUGACGAAUAAUAAUAAUAAUAAUAGCAACAAUACCACAAGAACAUCAUUGACGAAUCGACCAAAGAUUAAUGAUAGACCAAGUACAACUCCUUUCAUUACAGCGAAUCAAUUAACUGCUGCGGUGCUAAAACCAGCUGGUCCCAAUGUCUCAACAGUUAAAGUGAGAAAGCCAUCGAUUCCACAAUUCGCCCCACCGCCACCGAUUAAUCAACCAGUUGUGAAAACUUCGAUCGAGCAAACACGAUCGGUACUUCAACAAGUUCCACGACUACCACCGCGAGAACCGCCGCCGCCGCCUCCUAAUGAAAAUAAACCCAAACUAUCACAGUUGCAAAUGUCUUCCACAGGUUUUAUUUCUUUGACUUCUCUUAUUUUCAUCAAACCAGUUUUCUUUGCUGAAGGUUCUCAACAAAAGAUCACACGUGCACCACCUCCACCUCCACCACCAUAUUGUCCAGAGAAUAAUGGACACUCUCUGCCAAAUACUUCUUCAAGACUUCCCAAGCCAACUAAUUCGAAUGCACCCCCUCCACCACCUCGUGGUGUCAUUCCUAAUGGUACAAUACGCCGAACGUCAUCUGAUUUUGUUGAUCAUCCAUACACGGAUCGCCGAUCCGACCAAUCAUCCAAUUUUCCCAUUAUCUAUGAUCAAAACUUCGAAGCACGAUUUCGAUUCACUCCACUCGAAGAUCUUCCAGUUCCAGAUCGAUGGCAAUCACCUUCAAAUCAUAACAGAUCUUCCAAGCAUCAUGUAAAUGUUCGUUGA